AUGGGGUCCCCGCACUGGAAACGGCUCUGCCUUUUACUCCUGGCAGGCUUAACAUCCUUCCUGCUCCUCUACGGUCACUACUACACCUCGGUGGAGUCGCCCACCAGCCAGAGGAUCAUAGCCAGCCUGCUGCAGCCGGAGCCGCUGGUCCUGGCUCCACCGGGGACAUCGCGCCGAGCCGGCAGCCACAGAUGGGCCCUUGAAGGCACCUUAGAGAGUGGGAAGUCCUUCAAGCUUUCUGCCGAGCUGGAGGAGCCCAAGCCCAGCAGAAAGCAGCCGAGCACGUGCCUCCGCUCGGUGAUGGCCAGAGCAAAGGCAGACCCCAAGUUUGGGGAGAUCUUCCGCUUCGACACCCCUGUGCUGAUGUGGGACCAGCACUUCACCCCGGAGACCUGGGACAGGCUGAAGACACGACACGUCCCCUACGGCUGGCAAGGCUUGUCCCACGCAGUGGUGGGCAGCACCCUCCAGCUCCUCAACGCCUCAGCCAACAGGCGCCUCUUCGACAGGGACGCCUUCCCCAGGGGCUGCAUCCGCUGCGCCGUGGUGGGCAACGGUGGCAUCCUCAACGGCUCGCGGCAGGGCAAGGCGAUCGACGCGCAUGACCUGGUCUUCAGGCUCAAUGGUGCCGUGAUCAAAGGCUUCGAGGAGGACGUCGGGACCAAGAUCUCCUUCUACGGCUUCACGGUGAACACCAUGAAGAACUCCCUCAUCGCCUACGAGGAGUACGGCUUCACCCAGAUACCCCAGGCCAAGGACCUGAGGUACAUCUUCAUCCCCUCGGACAUCCGUGACUACGUGAUGCUGAAGUCGGCCAUCCAGGGCAGCCCGGUCCCCGAGGGCUCAGACAAGGGGGACAAGCCACAGAAGUAUUUUGGCCCGGAGGCAUCUGCAGAGAAGUUCAAGCUGCUGCAUCCUGAUUUCUUGCAGUACCUGACAGCGAGGUUCCUGCGGUCGGAGCUCCUGAACACGCAGUAUGGCUCGCUCUACAUGCCCAGCACCGGCGCCCUCAUGCUCCUCACCGCGCUCCACACCUGCGACCAGGUCAGUGCCUACGGGUUCAUCACCGCCAACUACGAGCAGUUCUCAGACCACUACUACGAGCUGGAGAAGAAACCGCUGGUGUUUUAUGCCAACCACGACAUGAUGCUGGAGGCGGCGCUGUGGAGGAGGCUGCACCGAGCAGGGAUCAUGACCCUCUACCAGCGGUGA